AGGGCUGAGAGAUGGCUACUACAUUCAAGCCCAGUGUGCUAUCAUCAUGUUUGAUGUCACCUCAAGAGUCACCUAUAAGAACGUACCCAACUGGCAUCGUGACCUGGUCCGUGUCUGUGAGAACAUUCCCAUUGUCCUUUGCAGAAACAAAGUGGACAUCAAAGACAGAAAAGUCAAAGCGAAGAGCAUUGUGUUUCACCGCAAGAAGAAUCUGCAGUACUAUGACAUUUCUGCCAAGAGUAACUACAACUUUGAGAAGCCCUUCCUGUGGCUAGCAAGGAAGCUGGUCGGCGAUCCUAAUUUGGAGUUUGUGGCCAUGCCCGCCCUUGCUCCCCCAGAGGUCCAAAUGGACCCAGUCCUUGCUGCAAGAUACGAGGAAGAGCUUCAAGUUGCAUCACAAACGGCACUCCCUGAUGAAGAAGAUGACCUCUAACCUGUUACCCUACUAUGUCCCUCCAUCCCCCCUUAACCGUGGACAGGAAGUUGUUGGAAUUUGCCCCCCUUACUGUAAAAUCCCUUUUCAGAUUUUUUAUUUUUGAAUUUUUUUUUAUUUUUUAUUUUUUUAAAACUAAGAAAAAGAACUUGGUGAAAAAGUUGUUGUUCUAAUUUCACUGUUUAAGACACACCCAUCCUAGUGUUGUCAAAGGCAUGGCAACGUGCUACUCUUCAUCGUCGAGCAACCACCACUGCAC